UCGCCUCCCGCCGCCGCCCUCCUGCGCGCCGCGCCCCGCCUUGCCGGCCUCCCACAGCGGCCUCGAGCCCUCCUCCUCCUCCUGCAGCCGCCGCCCGGCGCCGCCAUGCCCGGCCCGGCCGCCGGCAGCCGGGCUCGGGUGUACGCCGACGUGAACAGCCUGAGGAGCCGCGAGUACUGGGACUACGAGGCGCACGUCCCGAGCUGGGGAAAUCAGGACGACUACCAGCUUGUUCGAAAGCUCGGGCGGGGGAAGUACAGUGAGGUCUUCGAGGCCAUCAACAUCACCAACAACGAGAGGGUCGUCGUGAAGAUCCUCAAGCCAGUGAAGAAAAAGAAGAUAAAACGUGAGGUUAAGAUUCUGGAGAAUCUACGUGGUGGCACCAACAUCAUUAAUCUGAUUGACACUGUCAAGGAUCCAGUGUCAAAGACCCCUGCUCUGGUGUUUGAGUACAUUAAUAACACAGAUUUUAAGCAACUGUACCAGAUCCUGACAGACUUUGAUAUUCGGUUUUAUAUGUAUGAGCUGCUGAAGGCCCUGGAUUACUGUCACAGCAUGGGGAUCAUGCACAGAGACGUCAAACCCCACAACGUCAUGAUAGACCACCAACAGAAAAAGCUGCGGCUCAUAGACUGGGGUCUGGCUGAAUUCUACCACCCAGCUCAGGAAUACAAUGUCCGUGUGGCCUCUAGGUACUUCAAAGGACCAGAGCUCCUUGUGGACUACCAGAUGUAUGACUACAGCUUAGACAUGUGGAGUUUAGGCUGUAUGCUGGCAAGCAUGAUCUUUCGAAAGGAGCCCUUCUUCCAUGGCCAAGACAAUUAUGACCAACUGGUUCGCAUCGCUAAGGUCCUGGGCACAGAUGAGCUGUAUGGGUAUCUCAAGAAAUACCACAUAGAACUGGACCCACACUUCAAUGAUAUCCUGGGCCAACAUUCUCGGAAGCGCUGGGAGAACUUCAUCCACAGUGAGAACAGACACCUGGUCAGUCCUGAAGUGCUCGACCUCCUGGAUAAGCUCCUGCGAUAUGACCAUCAACAGAGGCUGACUGCCAAGGAGGCAAUGGAGCACCCCUAUUUCUAUCCAGUGGUGAAGGAGCAGUCUCAGCCCAGCUCAGAAAAUGCUGUGCUUUCCAGUGGCCUGACGACAGCACGAUGAAGACUGGAAAACGACGGGUCUGAUGCUGUUGCUCCCAAUUUUCCAUAAGCAGAAUGAGAACCAAAUCAAACGUCCUGUCAGCACGGCGGGUAGACUGCGCAGCGUGGGUAGGGCCAAGAGUGGGGCAGCAUGCCAGGCUGGAUGGCACUCACCUCUUAAUGACAGCCCUUCCCUUCAAGUGUUAAAGGUUCCUCUGCCUUUGGUUCCUUGUUGAGCUCUUCCUGACCCAGAAAGCAUGGAAAUGUGAAGGGUGUGCAAAGCAGUUGCUGGUUAGUUGUUCCUUUAUCUGUUCUGGCUGAUCCCCCCAACCUCUGACAGACCAUGGUUAGCCAACUUGUGCUUUUCUCUGCCAAGCCACAGGAGUGACAAGGCGUGUAGUAUCAUGAUGGGCAGUUCUAUAUUAUAAUUAAAAUAAUUCUAUAUUGUUGAAUAAAAGUCUUAAAAGAAGCAUAUGAGAAGGAGUAUUCAGUGGGGAGAGAGUGAUAGGGCAGAAGCACCCACACCACGAUCCUGGAGGAUGCUGUUCCUGGCAAUAUGAGCUGUUCCUUGGGCCCUGAUAGGACAGGCUGGGCCAGAAGAGCCCAGGUGGGACUAGUAUAAAAUCACCACAGCCAGAGGCAAAGGAGCUACUUGCCACCUUUUGUGGUGUCCUUAAGCCUCUGUGCUCUUCUAGCAGUCCCUGCUGGGUGCUAAAGCCAGUACUUGCUUUCCUCAGCCCAUGGGGCUUGGGCAUGGCUCUGUCUCCGUACCCCAGGAGAUGCUGUCUCUUUCUUGGCUCUCCUCCUCCCCAACACCAUUGCUGCAAUGCCUUGAGCUUUUAGCUCCUGCCUGUUGGCCUCUGCAUGGCAGGAGUUCCCCUACAGACAUGGUGCUUCACUGGCAGCUCUUGAGAGAGCAUGUCUGCCAUGCUGCUGGUUGUCUCGGCUGUGCUUUGGUCAUGGAUGUUAACAGACCACUUAAAACUCUGGUCUAAAAACCUUCAUCUGGACUCUGUCCAAGUGCACAUGGUUAUUUCUCUUCCUUUGACCCAUCUGUCACUGCCCACAGGUUUUUCCAUAGUUUUCCCCUGUACUGAAGCUUCCCAGACUAAGGGUACCUGUGAGACAAAGCUCUUAACUGGGAAGAGCCCUGUGGCCAGGAGUUGGGGGAGCGCAAGCUGUUGUUCUUGCAGGCACAGAAUCAUGUGCUCCUGCUUUCACACAGCCCUGGGCAGUCGCCAUAGGGGAAAUGUGGGAGACAGUCUUUUCAUAAAGCCUAUGCGUGGGACAGAUGGAAAUUUGCCAACACCAUCAUCAUAUGUCACACCUGGAGAUGUGCCAGCACAGGACCAGAUGUAAACGUGUACACCAGGGAAGUUGAAGCCACCCAUGAGACAAGGUCCAUUUCCAAGGCACAGUGUAACAAUGGCUCUGUUGUAUCCUGGAUUGUGCUGAUCUCUGGUACCUUAAUUCAGCAGUACUUUUUUGGCUGGUGUAGACCUAGCCAGUGCUGAGAGCUUGUCUUGCAGGGAAGAACCCAUGCCAUGGUCCACGAGUUGCACAGCAGCAGUGCUUCAAACACAGCGAACUGAGAUCCAAGCAUGCUAGUAGUACAUCCAGGGUGCCACUAUUCAAUCCAUCUCUCUCCUGACACUGUUGGGUCAC